UGACCAGUGCCCCAUAUAACUUUCCAGCAGUUGGAUUUCACGUCGUCCUUACUCCGGACUAUCUGACCGUUCCUCACGAUGAAACCGUCGUCUUUGACCAUUCCUUGGUAAACGUAGGAGGCGCAUAUGACAUCACGCACGGACACUUCACGGCGACUGUCUCGGGGUUGUACUCCUUCACAGCUAACAUCGAAUUUAGAAGUUCAGACACCGCUACGCUUGACUUCUCCAUUGUCAAAAAUGGAGACAGUAUUGCUCGUGUAUAUGUGUAUGGAUCGGGCACGAGUAUUAGGACGGUAGUCGUGCUCCUAGAUGUCGGGGACAUUGUAUGGCUGAAGAACAACGUCGACAACCACCCCAGAAUGUACGGAGAGGGGCUCAGCACCUUUUCUGGGUUUCUAAUUGCGCCUGUCCAUUAA